GGUUCGGCUCUCUGGUUCAGAUCCCUUCUCCGCCUCCCGGGGGAUCCAGACCAACAGCUGAUCAUAGAAGUACAACAGCUAACUGAUUGCUGAUCUGUUUCAGAGUUUAUUGCAGCGCUUUAGCUGCGCAGAGAUUUGAGUUUGCGUUAAAAUGACCUGGAAACAGAAGGCUGUAAUUAACGAGGUUUCAUUAUAAUCCAGAUUAUUCCAGAUGUGGAGGCCUGUCUACCUGAUGUAUAUCUAGAAGCAUCUGGACCAGAACUAAUAUUUAUUGAAGUUUUCACCGUCAUUGCUGUUGUUAUGACCCUGUGAUAUGGUCUCAAACUAAACUGGUCAAAGUGUUUCAUCAAAUCUCUCCAAACUCCACCAGACUUUCAGGGAUUAUCAAUCCAUGUAAGUGUUGGAUUCGGCUCCCUUUGGCCUGAAAUGGUUUAACGAGAAGAAACAAGCAGGUAGGACACGAGUGAUGCUGAAGAACCAGGAGAACUUGACCUGAUUUUGUUGCAGUUACUGGCUUAGAGCUCCACGACCCAAAUCAUCAUAUUUUAUGUUUUUUAAAUAUGCACUAUAACUCUUGUCCUGGCACUGCAGAGGUCAAUAAACCCAACAUCAAUAGAUUAUGGUGCAGUUCAGCGUCUUCCUGGAGUCUCUGGCUCAGGAAGCUGUUGAGAAGAUCUGCCAGCUGUUUGAGGAGUGUUCAUCUUUGCUGCGACUUGAAGUGUCGCAGGGCGCCGAGGAGAUCGAAGACCUGAGGAGGAGACUGAGGGGGGUGGAGAUGGACCUGAAGCUGGUGAUGGAGGGAAGUGCAGAGCUGGGAGGCCAGGAGGAGGUGACACAGGAACAAUCAGAGGAGAGGCAGGAAGGGGAGGAAGACUGCAGAGUUGUGGUCGCUGGUGAAGCUGGAGUCAGGAGGUCACCUAUCAUUCAUCUGUGGAAAAACAGAAGUUAUGAGGACAGCAUCCAGACUGUUUUUAUAAAGGAGGAGAUGCUGGAGGCCUCAGCCAGUUCUGAUCCUGCACAGGAAGAUGAUGAAGACCCAGACUAUCCGGUGGAACCAGUUGAUCCAGUGGACGGAAAUGACCCGGUUUACACGAUCAGACCUAAAGGCCUCAUGAAGCCCAGGUCCCGGGUCCGAGGGUCAAGGGAGAGUCGGGGUCAGAAGGAGCAGGCUCUGAGCUGCAGACUCUGCAGGAAAACCUUCAGCAAGCUGCUGCAGCUCAAAGCCCACCAGGCCGUGCACGGAGCGAACGCAGAGAAGCCCUUCCUCUGCUCCCAGUGUGGACGAGGCUUCUCGUUCCAGCGAAGCCUCAGCGCUCACAUGCUGAUUCAUACGGGUGAGCGGCCCCACACGUGUGAUGUUUGUGGGAAGGGUUUCACCUUGAAGCAGCUCCUGAGGAACCACCAGCGUCUCCAUGCUGACGUGCGUCCGUUCUGCUGCGACCAGUGCGGUAAAAGUUUUUACCGAGCUCACGGUCUGAAGCUGCACCAAAGGGUCCACACCGGGGAGCGGUUAUACAACUGUCAUCACUGCGACAAGAGCUUCACGAUCCCAGGUAACCUGCAGCGCCACCUGCGCAUUCACACCGGCGAAAAGCCGUACAAAUGCGAAACAUGCGGCAAAAGCUUCAACCAGGCGGAUACGCUGAAAGGCCACCAGCGGUUACACACAGGGGAGCGUCCCUUCAGCUGCGAGACCUGCGGUAAAUCUUUCAUCCAGAAGAACGCCUUAAAGAUGCACCAGAGGACCUCUCACCUAGACGAGAGGAAACUCACCUGUGUUGCAUGCGGCACCGUGGUGCCUUGCAUCGAGUCUCUACGCAAACACAUCCAGACACACGCUACGACCAUCCCCUGCACCUGUGUGCAGUGCGACCGGCACCUCUGCUCCAUCACCGAGCUGCGUGAGCACCAGCAGCAGCACACGCUGGAGCGGCCUCACAGCUGCGGCAUCUGCGGGAAGCGUUUCAAGUCGUCCAGCUACCUGAAGAUCCACCUGAAGGCGCACAGCGGCGAGAGGCCGUACGCCUGCGAGAUCUGUGGCCGUCUGUUCACCCAGCAGAGCAGCCUGAAAUCCCAUCAGGUGGUCCAUACAGGCGAGAGACCAUUCAGCUGCGACACGUGUGGAAAAUCUUUUGGCAACACGGGCAACCUGAAGAGGCACCAGCGCAUCCACACGGGCGAGAAGCCGUUCAGCUGCGACGUCUGCGGGCGCUGCUUCAACCAGGGCAACAGCCUGAAGGCUCACCAGCAGAUGCACACGGGGGAGAAACAGUUCAUGUGCGACAAGUGUGGGAAGAGCUUCUCCUACCUGAGGAACCUCAAGGACCACAAGUGUUUCUACGUUUGAAACGACAUCUGGUUCGGUUUGUGGAUUUAGAUAGACUUGGUAGCUGCCUAAGCAACCAGUUUAUGAAUUUUUCCUGACGUCAGGACCAAUUUCUGUCUGGCUGACAGAAUAGUAGGUUGCAGGUCAGUUUUGCUCAUUUCCGAGUCAUUUUCACUCUGUGGGGUCUUACAUGAGCUGUAAAAAUUGUCUUUCUAUUAAACAAUAAAAAUGUCCACAGUGUCGACCCAUCAA